AGUUUAGUUGGCUUGUAGCUGUGACUAGGAAGGAUUACUCACUCGCUCCCUUCUCCGAUUUCUAACGUGCUUCCCAUCGCCUCCCUCAAGGCAAGGAGGACGAAGGGCUGUGGGUGUGGUCCGCUCUCUAAAAGUCUCAGACGUCCAGCAUUGAUUUUGACAUCCAAAAUUAUCAAUCAUACUCACUGAUGGCUACAACCGAAGUCUUUACAAUUUUUCCGUAAUCGUGCCGGUCUCCUACACACAAAUACCUUCAAAAUUCAACUGAUAUUUAUUGCAAUUGCGGUGAUGACUCGACGACGGACUUUUGUAACACAAGAAGAUGUCAUCCUCAACCUGGGAACCUCCAUAUGCAAGCAAUAGCAAUCCCAGCAGCAAUAAUCCAACCAGUGCGGCUGGGAUUUCACCAAUCGUCGCACAUAGCAAUGGACCCGGUGGUGGUGGUGGUGGGAUAACUCAAAGUGUAACUGAAAUCCCACGUGCCAGUGCCAUUCAUCAACCAGCUCCGACAUAUUCUUCUUCGACGGCGAGCUCUCCAUACCUUCACCAUCCUCCUCCCUACUCGCACGCAUUGCCACCCGGUCCUGUGUUAGGUCCUUAUUCAUCAAUUCCUAGUGGCCCCCCUCCUCUAAUUCAUCCUUAUCCUCCACUCACGACUGCCAGUGGAGGUCCUAACCCUGUGCAUUAUAACCAUCAUGGAGGACACCCUCCUAACGUUCCACCCCCAUCACAUCAUUAUCCAGCUCCCCCACCGCCAUAUGCUGCUCCAAUCCAUGGACACCCAGCAAUUUCGCCGACGCAUACAACAACAUCAACCUUGGCACCUCCUGGCGGUGCCCCUCCUCUUCAUGUAGGGCAACAGCAAGGGGUGGGGCCACCCCCACCGUCUCAUCAUGUCCCGUACAAUCUUAAAGUAGGAGGAGGAGGCCAGCCCGUUCAAAAGGCAGGAUUGCCUCAUCAACAACAACAACACCCUGGCCUUGGCGUUGGACCGGUUCCACAAACGCCGAUUGGUCCUCCAAUUGGUGGAAACCCAUUUGGACCAUCAGGACCAGAGUUGGAUCUUCAUCCUGAACUUGUUGCCAUUGGAUGGAGAAAAUUUUGGUCGAAGCGAGAAAGUAGGUGGUAUUUUUGGAAUUGUAAUUCUGGAGAAUCCUUAUGGGAAUUGCCUUCACUUCCUGGAAGACACCCUCCUCCUGGCCAACAACAAGGGUACGAUGUAAUUACUGAUCCUCUGGGGAUAUCGUGCAACGGCCCAGCUCACCUGGCUGGUGUCAAGCGUCGGUCCUCAUCCGGAGAACAUCUAUCGGGGCCAGGUCCAAUUAAAAAAUUUAUUUUGUCGGGGCCUUGGGAUUUGGAAAUUUCUUCAAAUGCAUAUUCAUCAGAAUCUGUCAUACCCACAUACCUCCCACCUCAUCCUGAAAUUGAGUUGAUGCGCUAUCAACUUGUUGUAAAGCUAAGACAAUGUUAUCAACAAUCUUGUCAAUCAAGAGAAGGGAUCGAUGCACCUAAAGAAUCGAUGAACAGAUGGUUUGUCGAAAGAAAAAUGCACGAUCGGCGAGGAGUUGAUCCAAUAUUUCCAUCGUGUGACGAAGCUGAUGGCGUAGUCUCACAAGUUAUGUUUAAAGAAAUCAUGAACGACAUUCCCAUUAAAAUUUUAAAACCGCGAUUUACUGGUGAUGCACGGAAGCAACUCUCAAAAUUUGCGGAUGCCUGUAAGAAGAUUAUUGAGACUAGGAACGCCACAGCGGAAGCAAGGAAACUGGUGAAAUGGAAAGUUGAAGAAACCUUUUCCUGGUUAAGAAGCACAUCCGGAGCCCCAUUUGAGGCAUUUCAGGAAAGACUAGUUCAUUUAAAAGUCACCUGUCAACCUCAUGUACACAUUGCAGCUAAAUCAUCAGUGGAAGGCAUCUGCAAGAAAAUGAGUCUCCUUUCAAAGCAAUAUGCAGGAAAUGUCAGAGGGGCUCAUCUAAAACUCUUUGUUGAUCCGGACAGUGUUAAGCAAGAUACUAAAUCUGAAAUUGGAAGAUUUCGUUGUCAUCCGGCAGUUUGUGGAGCUUACUCGUUUACUGACGCUGGAAAACUUCCAACAAUUGAAUUUAUGCAGCAGGACAGAGAACACGUACUUCUUAAAUUCAAAAACGACGUAGUCAGACUUACGACGCAAUAUCUACAAAAAUUGGAACAACUGUACAGAUAUAAUUGCGUGGAUGACAGAAAAUUUGAAUUUUUCCUUGCACGGUGCUACUGCUUAAUGAAGCGUUAUAACGGAUUUUGCGAAGAUUUUGUUUCCCCUCAUUCCAGCCAAGGUUCUCUACCAAUCACAGUAUUUGAAUCGAUUCAGAGAAAUUUUGGAGUCUCAUUCGAAUGUUUUGCGUCGCCGUUAAAUUCAUAUUUCCGGCAGUUUUGUUCAGCAUUUCCCGAUACUGAUGGUUAUUUUGGAUCUCGAGGAACAUUUUUAGACUUCAAGCCGGUAGGUGGCUCAUUUCAGCUAAAUCCACCAAUUUCUGAAGAUCUCAUUGAUUCAGCCAUAACGCACGUUGAAGAUCUCUUGGGUGGGACCAAAGAGGCCAUGUCGUUUAUUAUCUGUGUUCCCGAUUUCGUUGACGAAAAACAAGGCGAGGAAUCUGAAAAUGAGUGUAAUUGGCUGAAGCGGUUGGAAAAUUCCAGGUGGAAACGAAAGAAGAUUACAAUUUCUGCAUUCGAACAUGAAUUUCGGCACGGGGGUCAACAACUAGUAUCGAAGAAUGAAGUGUCAAUCAGAUCGCCAUAUACAACUGUUGUAUUUUGGCUACAAAAUGAUGCAGGGUUUGACGAGUGGCAGCCUACAGAUCAGAAAGUCGAUGCCCUAAUUGAUGCUUAUCGCCCUGGCCGAGAGCGAGAGAGGGAUCGCCAAGAUUUGCUGGCACCCGAAAGGAAGAAUCCACAACCUGCUGAUAAGGCAAUAGCUGCUGCAGCAAUAGCCUCAAGUUCAAUGACUCCAGCGUGAUUCUUGAGUAAUGCAGCAUAGACACAAAACCAGUUGAUUCUUUCGUUCCUCCUUAUUGUGGUAGAUGAUGAGUAUUCAGUUGAAAAUUUCCAGUACAAAUUAUAUUUACAAAAACGUAAUUCUUAAAUGUGACGCAUAAAUUGAGAGUUAUUAUUAUGACACAGUAAUAAUAAUCAUAAUAAUUUUGGAGUGACCGUACACGGACGUACAAGCUACCAAGCUACGUGUGCUUGUCAAAUUGAAUUGUAUUCUUAUUGUGGUAGGUAGGUAAGUAGGAAGCAAGAAAUACCUAUUUAUCCCCGAGUGUUUUUAUGGUGACGGUGAUGACUACUUGUAUAUUGACCCUGUAUGUACUAGCCUUAUAGUAAUUGUUGUAAUAUAAAUUUAAGCUAUAUUUUGUGUGCACAUUAUCCAUGUGAUUGAAUUACCAAGUACUUAUAUUAAAUAUAGUGAGCCUUAGAUUACUAUAAUCAACAACCUCACUUGUUUAAAUUUACUAUUCUGCACGACCAGCAACAAAAUGGCAUAAUUAUGUACUAGUAACGUAAGUAGUAUUGUUGACGUGUGAUUAAAAUUGCUUUAAACGAG